UGAAAUGCAGCGGAGGAGCCGGGGCGGGCGGCGGUGGCGGUGGCGGCGGUGGGGGCAGCGGCAGCCCCGGAGCCGCGGCAGGGACGCGGCAGGCUGACAAGCGGCAGCGGCAGCGACACCGGGUGCGCAGGGCGCGGCGGCCGGAGCCUGGGGCCCCGCCAUGGGCCGCCCCGAGCGGGGCGCGCUCCGGCCGCUGGCGCUGCUGCUGCUGCUGCUGCUCCGACCCCAGCAUCUUGCGGCGGCGGCGGAUCCACCACACAGUAGCCAAGGUCUGGUCAAGGAAUGUGAAGAGAACCAGUUCCGGUGCCAGAACGAGCGCUGCAUCCCCUCUGUGUGGAGAUGCGAUGAGGACGAUGACUGCUUGGACAACAGUGAUGAGGAGGACUGCCCCAAGAAGACCUGCACGGACAGUGACUUCACCUGUGACAACGGCCACUGCAUCCCCGAGCGGUGGAAGUGUGAUGGCGAGGAGGAGUGUUCUGACGGCUCCGAUGAGUUCGAGGCCACUUGCACAAAACAGGUGUGUCCCGCAGAGAAGCUGAGCUGUGGACCCACCAGCCACAAGUGUGUGCCCGCCUCGUGGCGCUGCGACGGGGAGAAGGACUGCGAGAGUGGAGCGGACGAGGCCGGCUGUGCCACCUUGUGCGCCCCGCACGAGUUCCAGUGCAGCAACCGCUCGUGCCUGGCCGCCGUGUUCGUGUGCGACGGGGAUGACGACUGUGGUGACGGCAGCGACGAGCGUGGCUGCGCCGGGCCGGCCUGCGGGCCCCGCGAGUUCCGCUGCGGCGGCGAGGGCGGCGCCUGCAUCCCCGAGCGCUGGGUCUGCGACCGCCAGUUCGACUGCGAGGACCGCUCGGACGAGGCGGCCGAGCUCUGCGGCCGCACCGGCCCCGGGGCCACGUCCGCACCGGCCGCCUGCGCCGCCGCCCAGUUCCCCUGCCGCAGCGGCGAGUGCGUGCACCUGGGCUGGCGCUGCGACGGCGACCGCGACUGCAAGGACAAGUCAGACGAGGCCGACUGCCCACUGGGGACCUGCCGUGGGGACGAAUUCCAGUGUGGGGAUGGGAUCUGCAUCCCUUCAGUCAAGCGCUGCAACCAGGAACAGGACUGUCCAGACGGGAGCGACGAAGCUGGCUGCCUAAAGGAACCGACAUGUGAGGGUCCCCGCAGAUUUCAGUGUAAGAGUGGAGAGUGCGUGGACGGCGGGAAAGUGUGUGAUUCUCGGAGGGACUGCCGGGACUGGUCGGAUGAGCCUCUGAAAGAGUGUGUUAUGCCAACAUCCCGGGGAAACAGGAGGAGGCCCAGGGGGCUGAACGAGUGUCUGCACAACAAUGGUGGCUGCUCCCACAUCUGCACUGACCUCAAGAUCGGCUUUGAGUGCUCCUGCCCCUCGGGCUACCGGCUCCUGGACCAGAAGACCUGUGGCGAUGUUGACGAGUGUGAGGAUCCUGAUGCCUGCAGCCAAAUCUGUGUCAAUUACAAGGGCUACUUUAAGUGCGAGUGCCACCCUGGCUAUGAGAUGGACACACUGACCAAGAACUGCAAGGCCGUCGCUGGCAGAAGCCCGUCCCUAAUCUUCACCAACCGGCACGAAGUGCGGAGGAUAGACCUGGUGAAGCGGGACUACUCGCGCCUCAUCCCCAUGCUCAAGAACGUCGUGGCUCUAGACGUCGAAGUUGCCACCAAUCGCAUCUACUGGUGUGACCUCUCUUACCGCAAGAUCUACAGCGCCUACAUGGACAAGGCCAGCGACCCGACGGAGCAGGAGGUCCUCAUCGAUGAUCAGCUGCACUCCCCAGAGGGCCUGGCUGUGGACUGGGUCCACAAGCACAUCUACUGGACAGACUCGGGCAACAAGACCAUCUCCGUGGCCACUGUGGAUGGUGGCCGCCGCUGCACUCUUUUCAGCCACGACCUCAGUGAACCCCGGGCCAUCGCUGUUGACCCCCUGCGAGGGUUCAUGUACUGGUCUGACUGGGGGUACCAGGCCAAGAUCGAGAAGUCUGGGCUCAAUGGUGCGGACCGGCAGACACUGGUGUCAGAUGGUAUCGAGUGGCCCAAUGGAAUCACCCUGGACUUGCUGAACCAGCGCUUGUACUGGGUAGACUCCAAACUGCACCAGCUGUCCAGCAUUGACUUCAGUGGAAGCAACAGAAAGAUGCUGAUUUCCUCCCCUGACUUCCUGAGCCACCCUUUUGGGGUAGCUGUGUUUGAGGACAAGGUGUUCUGGACAGACUUGGAGAACGAGGCCAUUUUCAGUGCAAAUCGGCUCAAUGGCCUGGAAAUCUCCAUCCUAGCUGAGAACCUCAAUAACCCUCACGACAUUGUCGUCUUCCAUGAGCUGAAGCAGCCGAGAGCUGCCGACCCCUGCGAGCUGACCACCCAGCCCAAUGGAGGCUGCGAGUACCUGUGCCUUCCUGCUCCUCAGACCUCCGGCCACUCUCCCAAGUACACGUGUGCCUGUCCUGACACAAUGUGGCUGGGCCCGGACAUGAAGAGGUGCUACCGAGCACCUCAAUCUACCUCAACCACGACGUUAGCCUCUACCACGACGAGGACAGUGUCCGACUCCACAGGAGCCCCGGGGACCCCCGCCCACAGCCCCACCGACCGGAGCCACAACACGGAGAUACCAAGCCCAGCAGCUGCAGCCCCGAGCUCAGUUAACGCCCCCAGGGCUUCCAGCGUCAGCCCGUCCACCCCAAGCCCUGCAACCAGCAACCACUCCCAGCACUAUGGGAAUGAAGGUGGCAAGAUGGGUUCAACAGUCACCGCUGCCGUCAUCGGGGUCCUUGUGCCCAUGGCGGUGAUAGCCCUCCUGUGCAUGAGCGGCUACCUGAUCUGGAGAAACUGGAAGCGGAAGAACACCAAAAGCAUGAACUUUGACAACCCAGUGUACAGGAAAACAACAGAAGAAGAGGAUGAAGAUGAGCUCCACAUAGGGAGGACUGCUCAGAUUGGCCAUGUCUAUCCCGCAGCAAUCAGCAGCUUUGAUCGCCCACUGUGGGCAGAGCCCUGUCUUGGGGAGACCAGAGAACUGGAAGACCCAGCCCCUGCCCUCAAGGAGCUUUUUGUCUUGCCGGGAGAACCAAGGUCACAGCUGCACCAACUCCCGAAGAACCCUCUUUCCGAACGGCCUGUCGUCAAGUGCAAGCGAGUGGCGCUGAGCCUGGAAGAUGACGGACUGCCCUGAGGACGGGACCGCUCCCGCGUGCCUCCCGGAAUUCAGUUCCAUGCACUACGCUCUUCGGAUGUCGUGCGCCUGAGUGGAUGGGUGGAUGGGUCUGUGUGCACGCGCGUGUGUGUGUGUAUGUGAGAUUUAUUUUUUAAUUUAUGUUGCAGAAAGGUAACCACAAAGUUAUGAUGAACUGCAAACAUCCAAAGGAUGUGAGAGUUUUUAUAUGUAUAAUGUUUUAUACACUUUUUAACUGGUUGCACUACCCAUGAGGGACUCAUGGAAUGGCUACUGCUGAGUGACUGACGUGACGGACAGAACCACCCGGGGCUGAUGGUACAGUAGCUCACUCAUCACUUAAAAACUAUAUUUACAGAGAGAGUAUUUGAUUUGGGGGGGAUUUUUUAGGUUUUGGAAUUUUGGGGGUUUUUUUGUAAAUAAAAAUGAUUAUGCUUUGUGGCUAUCCAUCGACAUGAAAAAAGAAAAAAAGAAAAAGAACUUCAACUCCCUCCCUAAUUUAGAUUAUUUAUUAACAAACUUCAGAAAUAAGAUUAGUUCUAUAAAUGAGUUAGAGACAUGAGAGUAUUUAUUUUGGGUGUGACUGGCCCACCACACAGACUGUGUGUAUCUGUGUUGUGUUGUGUGUGUGUGUGUGUGUGUGUGUGUGCGUGCAAGAGAAGAAUCUAGAGAAGGGGCACAUCUGUGGCUGUUGUUCACGUACAUAAAGAGAAGUAUAUGUUAAAGAGGGUAUCUGUAGAUUUCAGAAGCCUUUGGAAAUGUGACCCAGAAGACAGAUACCAUGGAGCGUGCAAACAUGUAGUGGAAGCGGCAGAAUCUGUCCACCUCUGGCUAUUCUUGGGACCCCAGUCAGUCAGGAAAAACCCUUCAGCUCACCCGUGGCUCUGUGACUCCUACCUGUGCUUUCUCCUGUGUGGUCAAGGCCAGUGUACACACUUUACACAGUGCCAGACGUUCUCGUGAGCUCAGGUGUGAAUAUGCCUGAACCUUGGCUACUCCGUGUUUUAAAGUUCAGCAUUUCAAGUAAGUUCAUUUUCCUUCAGGACACUUGGGUUCAAUUCAUUAAGGUUCCUCUGAAGCACCUGAGGUAACUGGAGAGGUUUCCGGAUCGGCCCAAGUUUACUCUAGGAAGUGGCUUAGGCACAGGAUCUCUGAGAGAUGCUGUGGAUGAGGAUAGAGAUGGUGGGAUGGGCUUUGUUACAUCUCCACUUCUCCCUUCCUCUAACUCCCCACCAUGUCCCUCAGGUGGGGAGGUGAAGCACACAGGUUAGUUGUCAUUGUGUGUUCAUAUGGAAGAAACUAAUUUGGGGCUCAAGUCAGGAAAGUGGACAAGCCUAGCGUCCCGUUUGAGGGGAAAUGGGAAACGCAAUACUAUAGUACACUGGAUUCUGUGUUCACACAGGGAUUUGCUUUACUGCUUUGUAAAUAAAAGGAAAAACUAGGCAUAUGUACAGAUUUUUUUUUCCACUAUGGACACUUUCUUUGCUUUUCCUGGGCCUUGGGGGUGGUGGGGAGAAGUGCUCUUUUUCUCUCUGUGGGGUCCACCAUUGAAAACAUAACCCUACAGUCCCAGAAGGAAUUCAGCCCCUGCUGGCUCUCUCAUCCAAGGUCUUUUCUUAACUCUGCUGUUCUGCCACUUCUCACCCACUGGACAGCCAGGGACAAGAUGUGACACAGAAGUGUUUGGCUUAAGUAGGAGCAGAGAACAUGUAUCUAACCUUAACAUACCUGGAACUUGACACAUUUAAGCAAAUUCCUCUCCCCUGCUUCCCAGUUGCCCCCAACUAAGUGAAGCUUGGCUAUCUCACCAUCUCGAUGCCCUUUGAAUUUCGAGGCAGAUUUUCUGGGGUCCUGUCACUCUGUGCCUGAGACCUUUCUCUGCGUCACUCAUGGUCUCCUCAGUUCUGAGAAAACAGGAGGCUCCAACCAUAUUCUGGAGCCUGGGCACUAUGCUUUGCAUAAAUGAGCAUUUUGCUCACGGCGUGUAUGUGUUGGUCCUGAAAGCUCCACUGAGAGUGUACAUGCAAUUGACCUAGAACGGUCAUUACCAAAUAGAAUUUUUAAAAGAGGUGGCCAAUUCCUACGGAGCUGAAUCACUUACUACUAUUCUUUCAAGAAUGGAGAGUAAAAUAAUUUUUGACUGAAGAAAAAUGAAGAAAUUGAAAUUUACACAAAACAAGCAGCUUUUUCUGUAACGUGCCUCCAAAGAAAUAGAAUUUCCUGGGAAAAUGACAACAGUGACUAAUGCCAAAUAUCUACAUUUUCAGUCAGGUCCUGGCCUUCACAGAAAAAAAUAAUGAAUGGGGUCAGGAUGAUUCAGCCUGAGAGCUCAAAAUGAUCAUGAAACACAACUUUGUUAGAGACACCCAUGUUUUCUGAAUACACUACAAGUGCAGUUUGAAAGAGGCAGCUAUGGGAGCAACCUAUAAAGAAUGAAAUUGUGGAAUACUCACGUGUCACAUGGCAAUAAAAUAGAUGAAAUCUGAGAGGUCAGGUUCAUCCUCUAGUCCUGAAGGUUUUUAAGCCGCAUUCUGAGGUUUAGUUGCAAUUUUGUUGCCUUUUGCCCCUGCGCCAUCACACAGCAACAGUCAAGAGCCGGUCGGUCACAGAGGCGUUGGACCACAAAGCUGGAAGGAAGCUUAGAGGUGAUGCCAGGAGGGCAGAAAAUUGAUCAGAUAAUUUUUCUCUAAUUAAAAGAAAUUGGGCCAGGUCCUUUUCCUCCAUUUUCUACUCCAGUUGACUGCUUUGCUCUGUCUGAACAUUGCACCAAACCUGCUACCUGUCUUUCCAAUGAAUUAUAAAGGCACUGGCAGAAAUGGCCUUUGAGAAACAGGGAAGACUAAACGUUCAUUUAUUUACUUUUGAUAGUAUGGUAAUUUAUAAAACAGGUUGAGAUAACCUGUAACCUCAGAAUGAGAUCAGAUUUAAGUUUAUGGCAAUAAGCACUACUGAUCCUUCCAAUUCUCUGAGACUGAAAUAUAUUCAUUCACCAAAACCAUUCUCUAGGUACCAACUAAAUGUCAGGCACUGCAGAUGUACAGAUCAGUCAAAUGUCUGUCCUUACAGAGUUCACAGUAGCAGUAGAGGAAGGCACACCUGGAAGCAAAAAGAACUGAUUCUUUUCAGGGUACUGUUAUGGUACAAACAGGAGAUGAGGAAUGGGGUCAAGAACGCCAUCACAGGAGAAGUGACCUUAAGCUAAGUCUCAAAAACUAAGACACAGGCAUGAAACAGCAUGGGGACUUUCAGGAACUGCAUGUAAUUCACUAGAAUGAGCAAAAAGCUCAUGGGAGACUUAGCAAGAAAUGAGGCUGGAUGGAAAGACAGGUUCAUUAUAAGCACUUUAUGGAAUACUUCUAUUUAACUUCAGCUUCAAUUAAGCAAACAUUUCUUGGUCAUUGAUUGCAUACAAGGCACCAAAUGCAUGGGAAAUUCAUCAGGAUGUGUGGCCUGCACUUGCAGGCAUGACAGGCUUCAGCCCUCGAGCUUUCCAGUGGCCAAAGGGAAACAGUUAUUGCUUUUCAUAUAUUUGAGUUGAAGUUUCUUGAUAUGUCAACGAAAACUAAUAUAAGGGUAGUAAGGUUUUCGCAGAAGCAUUCCAUGCUGUCAGGAGCCUAUGAGAUUUUUCUCAACAGUGAGAAAGGAAACGACAUUUGGAAGACAUGGCAUCUGCAGAGGGGGCCCCCCAAGCACUGUCCGGUCAGGUGCUGGUGGAAAUGAGGAGGGGGUGCAGGAAUGUGAGCCCGCCCACCUCACUCCCUAACUUCAGCCAUCUAUUCGUCAUUUCACACUGUAGAAAUGGUUAGCAGUUGAAUGCUCCGGAAUGAAUUGUUCUACCAAUGCAUGAAGAUUAAGUAUUGGAGUCUUCUCACACUAUUUUUAGGGUUUGGGGGGGUUUUCAGGAUAUGGAGAACUCAGAGGUGGAGGAAUUACAGCUUCUGAUGAUUUUCAGCUAAUAAAAGAAAUCAGGAAGCUCUAUUCAUUCAGGCUGUGCACCAUGUGCAUAGUCAAGGAUCAACAGAAACCCUCUGUAUUUGCAAACACUUUGUGCUAUAAAAAGUAAUUUUAAAAGAGCCACCUGUAUAAUGUACAUAUAUAUAUUUAAAGACAUGAAGGUUUUGAUACUUUUUUACAAAAAAAUUACAAGAUAAAUACCUGUGCAAACCAUGUGUUUUAAAAUAGCACUUUGUUCUGUAAUUGCUGUUGUUAAUUUGGGGGGUAAAGUUCUGGUUUGCGAACUCCAUCAGAUUGUACCCACAUGAAUUUUCCUUGUUUGUCUCUCCCACGCACACAUGCCCUCAAAUUACCAUAUUUAAUGUUUGAUGUAACAGGCAUGUUAGAACGUUGGGUCACACUAACCGUUUCCACUCUUUCUGUCUUGUCAUUCCAAGUUCUGUUAGCUUCUGUACUCGGUCCCCUUUGCAGUCCGGUUUCUCUUCCAGACGCAAAGGGUGGUGUGUUGCAUCUCACUAGCUGUACUGACAUCCUCUUGGUGAAUUAAUAAUCAAAUGUGGGCAUUUGUCAAAUCAGUGCA